AUGUUGUACGUAUCUGCCACUAAGAAUCAGGCUAAUGAGCAAAUCUCGAAGCUGAAGAAGGAUUGGUCCUUCAUGGGUCCUAAGGAAAACGUGAAAAUUUACCUCAGCUCCCCGGAUCCUGAUCCCUGCAAAUCGGACCCCGGCGCCAGAGACCUGAUCGAGCAGAGUCAAGAAGUCGCUGAGCUUAUUGAGCGUGAGCUGAAAGACCUCACCGGUAGUACUUCUCAUGUGACCCAUCGUCCUGCCCGCGAUAAUCCUACGGGACAUGAAGGGACUAUAGAGCUUGCCGGAGAUGGCACAGUCCGAAUACUUGAAGCAGGACCAGGAUGGAGGGAUGAUGUAGUAGACUUCUGA